AUGGUCGUGAAAAUGGCAGGCCGCGUGAUAGUCAGCGUGGUCGCUUUGAUGCUGGUCGCGUUGAGCAGACAUACGAAUGCCGCGCGUUCAUCAACAUCAAAUCCCGAUUUGCGCGCGGAUGCUAUCAUGCCCAUCCGAACGCAUUCCUUAUUUGCCCCGUAUGUGGACUCUUCGCUACAAAACAACUUUUGGGAUUACGGUGGCGAUGCUGUGAUCGAUACGAACCGGUAUAUUAUGCUCACGCAAGAGCGGAAGAACGAAUCGGGUUGGAUUUGGUCGCGUCUUCCGAUCAAUGCGACUGACUUUGAGAUCACGUCUGAGUUCAUGCUCAAAGGCAAGUCUACAACCGUCGCGGGCGACGGCUUCGCCAUGUGGCUCACAAGUGACCGCGCCAAGCAAGGACCUGUCUUUGGAUCCAUGAAUCAAUGGAAGGGUAUUGGCUUCAUGUUCGAUACGUACGCAAAUACGCCGCACCGGGGCUUCUUUCCGCGCGUGAGCGCUGUUUCGAAUGACGGCACGAAGGUGUACAACAUGAACAACGAUGGCGAAGGCCAAGAUUUGGCACAAUGCGCGAUGCAGCUACGCCAAACUCCUGCGGAGACACGUCUUCGCUUCACGUAUGUCAAGGACGUGUAUAUGGAGCUGGCAAUCCAAAACAGAGAAUGGAAUCAGUGGAAUUCCUGUUUCAAAGUACCGCCACCGCCUUUCUCCGAGCCACCUUUCCUCGGUUUCACAGCCUCAACAGGUGACGUCACCGAUAGCCACAGCAUUGUUUCGGUGUGGACGAAUAAAAUCGUCUACAAUUCUCGCUCGCCAGAAGACCUUGAGCGGGAACGCCAGCUGGCCUUUGCAGACGACAGGUCAAAGUCUUGGUGGUCGUCUAAGGAUGAAAAGAAGACACCUUCAAAUCAUGGCUCGGACCUGCUGGUGCAUGUUAUUGUUCGAUUUUUCUUGAGUGUUCUAUGGCUGUUGAAAUGGAUCAUGGUGAUAGCAGUGAUUGUUGUUAUCGGCGUGAUCGGCUACGAAAUGUUCAAACGCAAAAUGCAAGCGGCUUACAAAAAUCGACGCAUGAUGGCUUGA